GAUGGCGUUUCGUAUGUCGGUUUGUUUACAAUUAUAUUCUUUGUAUUAGAAAUUUAAUCCAUCUUUCAAUUGUUUUAAUUUCUUAGUGUGACAUUUUUAUAAUUAAUCCUACAUUAGCUCACAAUGGCAGAUUUUCUAGGUUCAAUAUUGAAGUCAAUGGAAAAACCUCCAUCAACUGGCCGCAGUGAUCAAAAAGCAGUGGCAAAAAAGCAAGAGGAAGCCAUGAGAAAACUGGUCGAAGAUGAAAAGCGACAAUUAAAAGAGUUCAAAGUAAAAAUUGAAAAUCAAGUUAAAAAAUUUAUUGCUGAUGAAUCUCAAUCGUCCUUGAAAUUAGAACCGAUGGAUAAAGUGCACCGAACAAUUGUACACGAUGUUGCUGACGAUGUUGGACUGUUCGCGACUUCUUUCGGUGAAGGUGAUGAGCGACAUACAGUUAUUUAUAAACAGGAUUCAAUUCCAUCCGAAGAAGAAUUAUCAGCUUUGAAAAGAGGUCAAGUCUAUGAUCCUGAAAAGGCUGCUCUUGAAAAAGUUAUGGAAGCUAAAGAAGAACUUGACGCUCAAAAGAAAAAGAAAAUUGUUCCUGUAUCCAGCUAUCGCACAAAAUAUGAGCACUUAAUCGGUAAAGAAAUUGGUAAAAAAGCAGCGACCAUAUCAGUGCCUAGUGAACAAUUUGGUUUGGUACCAACAGCCCUAAAACGGGAUCAAAGGUCAAUUGAGCAAGCUAUGAGUGAUAUACGCGCUAAGAAACUCAAAAAAGUUACUGAUGCAUCUACGAGUGAAGAACCAAAUGAUAUAGACUAGAUAUUAAAUGAAAACAAAUCAUAGUUGAAUCACAUGUAAAUUUUCUUUGAUAGCAUUAAUAAAAUUUUCUCAUGAUUAA